AGUCAGACUUCAGCAGAUUUCUGUCAGACGGUUUCCGAGACACACUUCGUCUCCUCUCUGGUUUCGCUCUGUCAUCCAGAUGGUGUUCCGAUCGCCGUUCGACGUUUUCUCAGCCUCCCGUAUCCUCCUGCCACACUUCGCUGAUGGGCCUCCUAUUCUGUCCCGCUCCCGGUCCCCGGAGGACCAUCCUUCCGCCUGUCCUCCCCUGGCUCUCCCUGGGUUGUGUUUCUCCGCGGCGCAGAUCGCCAGCGUCUGCGAGACUCUGGAGGAGACCGGAGACAUCGAGCGGCUGGCCCGCUUCCUCUGGUCACUCCCGGUGACCGCAGACGGUCGCGACUCCAUCUCUGAGCACGAGUCCGUGCAGCGGGCUCGCGCCGUGGUGGCCUACCACACGGGAAGUUUCCGCGAGCUUUAUCACAUCCUGGAGACGCACCGCUUUACGCGCGACUCGCACGGUAAACUGCAGGCGAUGUGGCUCGAAGCUCACUACCGGGAGGCAGAGAAGCUCCGGGGGCGACCGCUCGGACCUGUUGACAAGUACCGCGUGAGGAAGAAGUUCCCGUUACCGAAGACAAUCUGGGACGGUGAGCAGAAGACGCACUGCUUCAAAGAGCGCACGCGGGGACUGCUAAGAGAGUGGUACCUGCAGGACCCGUACCCGAACCCAGGGAAGAAGCGGGAGCUGGCGCACGCAACCGGACUCACACCGACUCAAGUUGGGAACUGGUUCAAAAACCGGAGACAGAGAGACCGGGCGGCAGCAGCCAAAAACAGGUUGCAGCACCACCGGAUGUGUCCCGACGGUGCGCGGUCACUUAGCGGAGGAGAGUGCAGUCCAGACGAAAGCGGGGAGCGCGCAGAUAGGGAAACUCUGCUUUCAGUAACGGACAGUGACUCUGACUUGGAUGUUUGAGACUAAAUUAUGAAAUGGACCUUCAGGGGCCUAUGAUGGUCAGUCGUGGAUUACCGUAGAGAGGAGGAUGAUGUAGCCAUGUGUACACAAGGCUGAUCAGGGUUUGGGUUGCAAUAAAUGUUCAGGGCAUAAAAAAAAAAAAGAAGCUUCAUCCUAAAUGUUACCCCAGCCCACCAAACCGA